UGUGUCUGCUUUCAUCCACAGGUCAAUGAAUCCAUCCUUUGCUUUUAGAAAAAAUGGAAAAUGGAACAAACUUUUACUUGAUGUUGUUUGAAAAUAUUGGGUACAUAAGAUAUGCAUUCUUCAGUUUGGGAAUUAUUCUAUACUGUGCUAUUAUAUUAUUUAAUGGCUUUAUAAUUCUUGCAAUUUAUCUGGAAAGGACUUUACACCUGCCCAUGUACAUUCUGAUUUCAUGUUUGUCCAUCAACUCUGUGUUUGGAACAGCUGCUUUUUUCCCAAGGUUACUGACAGAUUUGGUGUCUGAUACACACUUGUUGUCCCGUGCAGCAUGCCUCUUACAGGCUUUUGUCAUUUAUUCAUAUGCAUCAAAUGAAAAUACAAUAUUAAUGAUAAUGGCAUUUGACAGAUAUGUAGCAAUCUGUAAACCUUUACAAUACAGCAGCAUAAUGACUCCCAGGAUUGUAUCUGUUUUAAUAGCUAUAAGCUGGAUUUAUCCAAUGCUUUGUGUUGGUAUUGCUGGUAUUUUAAAUGCCAGACUGACUAUGUGUGGUAACAAACUGUGGAAAGUGUAUUGUCACAACUGGGAAAUAGUCAAGCUUUCUUGUGAAAACACUAUUAUAAAUAAUGUUUUUGGCUUUUUCAUAGUGACCACAACUGUUAUUAUGCCUUUCACUUUUAUAUUAUAUUCCUAUGUUAGAAUUCUUAUCAUUUGUACAAAAAGUUCAGCAGAGUUCAGGAGAAAAGCAUAUCAAACUUGUGUUCCACACAUAGUCAUCCUUUUAAAUUUCUCUAUUGCUCUUUUUUGUGAGGUCACUUUGAGUCGGGUCACGACUUUGGAUCUCCCUCUAGGCCUGUCAAUUAUUCUUUCACUGCAGUUUCUUAUUGUACCACCCAUCCUGAACCCUCUUGUUUAUGGUUUAAAUUUUCCUGAAAUUCGCAAAAAAAUUAUAUGUAUUAUAAAAGCAUCCAAAUAGAUGUGUUUUUGAUGUAAUAUAUACUAUACAGGAUUGGAUUUCUCAUAAGCAUCAUAUGUUUAUCGUGGAGAC